CCUUUGAAGAGUCUUGACUUGCCCCUCCUCCUCCUGCAGCUUUGAUCCGGAGGGUUUCAGGUGAGGUGCGGGGUAUUCUGCUGGUUUGUGACCCCCGUCUUCCUUCGUAGGAGGAGCAGUCACCGCUGUCAGGACAGGUCUGCUUGAAAGAAGAAUUAUGAGUAACCCCUUUCAGCACUUGGUGGAGCCACUCAACCCUGCGGAGCCCAAGAAGACCUUUUUCAGUCUCCAUAAGUUGAACGAUGCAAGAUACGCCCGUUUACCCUUCUCCAUUCGAGUCCUUCUUGAGUCAGCCAUCAGGAACUGUGAUGAAUUUCUGGUGAAAAGCAAAGAUGUUGAUAACAUCUUGAACUGGAAAGUCACUCAGUAUGAGAAUGUGGAGGUCCCGUUCCGUCCAGCAAGGGUUAUUCUGCAGGAUUUCACCGGUGUCCCUGCCGUGGUGGAUUUUGCAGCAAUGCGGGAUGCAGUAAAGCGAUUGGGAGGAGAUCCAGAAAAAAUCAACCCAGUUUGCCCGGCAGACUUGGUGAUUGAUCAUUCCAUACAAGUUGAUUUCAACAGGAGGGAAGACAGCUUACAAAAGAAUCAGGAAUUGGAAUUCGAAAGGAACAGAGAACGAUUUGAGUUUCUGAAAUGGGGAUCACAGGCCUUUCAGAACAUGAGAAUCAUCCCGCCAGGUUCUGGCAUCAUUCAUCAGGUCAACCUGGAGUAUCUGGCCAGGGUAGUCUUUGACCAGGAUGGCCUCUACUAUCCUGAUAGCCUUGUUGGGACAGAUUCGCACACCACAAUGAUCGAUGGGCUUGGAGUUCUUGGCUGGGGUGUCGGAGGUAUUGAAGCUGAAGCAGUCAUGCUUGGCCAGCCAAUCAGUAUGGUGCUACCUGAAGUCAUUGGAUAUAAAUUGUUGGGGAGCCCUCACCAUUUAGUGACCUCUACAGACAUUGUGCUUACAGUGACUAAGCACCUCCGUCAAGUUGGGGUCGUGGGUAAAUUUGUAGAGUUUUUUGGCCCUGGUGUGGCACAACUCUCCAUUGCUGAUCGUGCCACUAUUGCCAACAUGUGUCCUGAGUAUGGAGCCACUGCAGCAUUCUUCCCCGUUGAUCUAGUCAGCAUUCAGUAUCUACAGCAAACCGGUCGUGAAGAGAAUAAAGUGAAGUACAUUCAGAAGUAUUUGGAGGCCGCUGGGCUAUUCAGGGACUUCAGUAACACUGAACAGGACCCUGACUUCACUCAGGUGUUUGAGCUGGAUCUGAAUACGGUGGUACCUUGUUGUAGUGGACCCAAGAGGCCUCAGGAUAAAGUAGUGGUGUCUGACAUGAAAACGGACUUUGAGAGCUGCCUAGGAGCCAAGCAAGGGUUUAAAGGCUUCCAUAUUCCUCAGGGACACCAUAAUGAUAAAGUGAAAUUCUCCUAUAAUGAUGCAGAUUAUGAGCUGGCUCAUGGCUCGGUGGUCAUAGCUGCUAUUACCAGCUGCACCAACACUAGUAACCCUUCUGUCAUGCUGGGCGCGGGUUUGUUGGCCAAAAAUGCUGUGGAAGCUGGACUAACAGUGAAGCCUUAUAUCAAGACAAGCCUGUCUCCUGGCAGUGGGGUGGUGACGUAUUAUCUCAGGGACAGUGGCGUCAUGCCGUACCUUUCCCAACUUGGCUUUGAUGUUGUAGGAUAUGGUUGCAUGACAUGCAUUGGAAACAGUGGACCUUUGCCUGAAUCUGUUGUGGAAGCCAUUACUCAGGGAGACCUAGUGGCUGUAGGUGUGUUAUCUGGCAAUAGAAAUUUUGAAGGCCGUGUUCAUCCAAAUACACGUGCAAACUACUUGGCCUCACCACCUCUCGUCAUUGCCUAUGCCAUAGCUGGAACCAUCAGGAUUGACUUUGAGACCGAGCCUCUGGGUAUCAAUGCUGAUGGCAAGCCAGUAUUCUUAAGGGAUAUCUGGCCCACAAGAGAUGAAAUUCAGGCUGUGGAACGCAAAUAUGUCAUCCCUGGAAUGUUCAAAGAGGUGUAUGAAAAGAUCGAGAAAGUCAAUGAGAGCUGGAAUAACUUGAAGGCACCUACUGAUCAGUUAUAUCCUUGGGAUCCAAAAUCAACAUAUAUCAAAUCUCCACCGUUCUUCGACAGCUUGACAAUGGAACUUGUACCUUCCAAACCAAUCACUGAUGCUUAUGUCCUCCUAAACCUUGGUGACUCUGUAACUACUGACCACAUUUCUCCUGCCGGAAACAUUGCAAGAAACAGCCCUGCAGCCCGAUACCUAACUAACAAAGGCUUAACGCCAAGGGAGUUCAAUUCCUAUGGAUCCCGCAGAGGUAAUGAUGCAGUAAUGGCACGAGGAACCUUUGCCAACAUUCGUUUGUUCAACAAGUUCAUCAGCAAGCAGGCCCCAUUAACCAUCCACUUACCAUCCAAUGAAACACUUGAUAUUUUUGAUGCAGCUGAAAGGUACAUAGAGGCUGGACAGAAUCUAAUCCUUCUUACUGGCAAGGAGUAUGGAUCUGGAAGCUCCAGAGACUGGGCAGCCAAAGGGCCCUUCUUACUGGGAAUUAAGGCUGUCCUGGCUGAAAGCUAUGAACGUAUCCAUCGUAGUAACCUUGUAGGAAUGGGAAUUAUACCUCUGCAGUAUUUACCAGGAGAAAAUGCAGAAGCAUUGGGACUUGGCGGACAAGAGCUUUACACCAUUCUCAUUCCUGAAGAUAAAGACCUCCGACCAGGCAUGAAUGUAGAGAUCAAGCUGAAUACAGGGAAGACUUUUGAAGCCAUCAUGAGAUUUGACACAGAUGUGGAACUUACCUAUUACCGCAACGGAGGCAUCUUGAACUACAUGAUCCGUAAAAUGGCCAAUUCUAGUUAGGAGCGAGAUCUGGAAUAUGUACAAUGACUGAGAAGGGGGCACAUAAAACUGUUAUCUGUGUCUUACAUUAAAAUGCAGAGCAUAUGAUGAAUGUCAGUAUAAAGCAGGAGAAAGAUAUCCAUAUGAUGCCAUAUUUCUGCAGGCUAGUGACUUGACAAAACUCAGGAAUAUGUUUUUUGUGACCUAAUCCGGCCUAACUAGUUUCUACAGCUA